GGGCUGGACUAGAUGACCGGCUAGCUGCAAAAAUGAUAGUUGGUUUUCUUUGUUUUCUAAUUGCCAUUGGCUUUGUCGGAGCCCAGACUGAAACUUUCCGCUUUGCAAAUUAUUAUGCUGACUCAAUGGUCCUGCAGAGAGCUCCAGCAAGAUUAGUACUAUGGGGCUAUGUGCCAGACUGCCGGUCGGUUAAUGUGAAUUAUCCAGACUACAGCUUCAAUGCUACACUGGAGAAGAUACCAGGAAAAACUUAUUGUCGCUGGAAAAUAGACCUACCACCUGCUAAAGCAGGAGGCCCAUACACAAUAUCAGCAGUCAGUGGAAAUGAGGGAAUUGAGCUCAAAGAUGUCCUUUUUGGGGAUGUAUGGGUCUGCAGUGGACAGAGCAACAUGGUGUUUGAACUUUCAGAAGUCUACAAUGCAACCACUGAGAUAGCAAAUGCAGCCAGUUACACUAAUAUUAGAAUACUCUCAGUCAACAGGGUUCCUUCCAAUUCAACGUUAGAUGAGCCACCUCUUACAGCACCUGCUUGGAACAAACCCAGCUCAACUGCCAUCAAUUCAUUCUCUGCUGUAUGCUGGCUAUAUGGCCGUGACCUCUAUGAUACAUAUAAAGUUCCAAUUGGUCUUAUAUCAUCAGAUUGGGGUGGAACAUCAAUUGAUAAAUGGUCUUCUCAUGAUGCUCUUGCAAAGUGCAAGCAAACUGAUGAUGAAGUGAAAGCUGGUCUUUAUCCUUCAAACUUGUGGAAUGCAAUGAUCCAUCCUUUUGUUAGGUUCCCAAUAUAUGGAGCUAUUUGGUAUCAAGGAGAGGCCAAUGCAAGACCAGAUGAAGCAGAUGCUUUGUAUCGUUGCUAUUUUGCCGAGAUGAUCAAGGAUUGGAGGCUAAAAUGGUACGAAGGAACAGAUAAACAAACGAAAAUAGAUUUUCCAUUUGGUUUUGUACAAUUAGCUGCAGAAGGGACUGAAGGUAAUAAAUCAGCUGGCUAUUUCCCAGGGCUCAGGUGGUCACAGACUGGAGGUCAAGGCUUUGUUCCUAAUGAGCUGCUACCAAAUGUCUUCAUGGCUGUAGCUAUGGAUCUUGGUGAUCCAACAUCACCUCAUGGAAGCAUUCACCCAAGAGAUAAGCAAGAUGUUGCAAUUAGACUAAGCAGAGCAGGCAGAGCCAUUGCCUAUGGAGACACUUCUCUCUACUAUACUGGUCCUCUACCAGUCUCUGCAGCUAUUACUGACCUAAGGGAGACAAUAUCAGCUAAAAUCAUGUACAGGAACGUGGAGGACAAGCUAUACAGUUUCUCAAAGUAUGGCUUUGAAUUGUCCUGCAAGGAGAGAACCGGAAAUACUGUUUCCUGGAUAGAGGGCACCCUGGAUACUGUAAUGAAUGAUUAUGUCACUGUAUCAUUUCCACGCUGUCCUGCUGGGGAUGCUAUUGGAGAGGAGAUACGUUAUGCCUGGAGACAGGAUCCUUGUGUUUUCAAAAAGUGUGCCAUCUACAGCGGAAGCGAUUACCUCUUUCCAUCUCCUCCAUACAUUAUUCCUAUUCGUGAACAUGUUUGACUUGUACCUGCUGUGCUGUAACAGAGAAACAAGCUGACUGCUGCAUUUUUCUGCUAUGGUUUAUAUCUUUAUUCAUUGUUUGAUAACAAUAAAAAUCUAAAUUCA